UUCGGGCCAAAAUAUCCGCGUAGUAGUACGCUGCAGGUAUUUUAUAUUAAAGCCUUACCCUUUAGGCCGUUAAAUAAAUAUGAGGAAAGUAAGGGUUCUACUACUGCGGUACACUGCACAAACGACGGAAAAGUAGUUAUCUCAGAUAGAUCUGGAACUAAAACCUACUGCUUUGACAGAGUCUUUGGCACAUUUUCAAAACAAAAUGAGGUCUACAAAUCGAUUCUGGCUCCUCUUGUUGAAGAAAUGCUUCAAGGCUACAAUUGCACAAUUUUUGCAUAUGGACAGACCGGUAGUGGGAAAACCUACACAAUGACAGGUGAACGAUCAGAUACACUUCGAUAUGGUUGGGAAACGGAUCCUGUCGCUGGCCUCGUUCCUCGAGCUCUUAGUCACAUUUUUAAUUCUCUAGAAUCAAUUGUAAGUCUACUUUCACAUAUUUUCUGUCAGCCUAAUGGUGACGCUUCUGUUCGAGUUUCCUUCUUGGAGUUGUACAAUGAAGAACUCUUUGAUUUGCUGAGUAGCGACGAUAUUCCUUCUAAGCUCUCUUUAUUUGAUGACACUUCACGUAAAGGUUCACUUAUUAUAAAGGGCUUGCGUGAGGUUGUUGUUCUACACAAAGAAGAUGUCUAUGGUAUAUUAGAAAGGGGGUUGGCAAAGCGACAGACAGCCUCGACAAAUUUGAAU